UGGGUCCUCGACACCCGGCCCCUCUGGCCCGAGGCAAGCAACACCAAGGAUCUCCCUCGCGUGGCCUCCCGCGCCCUCUCCCUCCUCUCUCCAGCCGAACAGGCCGCCGCCCUCAAAUACCACUUCCUCAGAGACGCCAAGCUCUCCCUCGCAUCCUCCCUCCUCAAGCGCCUCGCCAUCUCCCACCUCCUGCGCGUUCCCCUCCCUCGCGCAACGCCUAUCCGCGACGCCCGCACGAAGCCAAUCUUCCUCCACCCGCCAGACUCCGACCUCCAGCCCCUCCUCUUCAACGUCUCCCACCAAGCCGGCGUCGUCGUCCUCUUUGGCGUCCACAAUCCUCCUGCCGCGGGCAUCGCCAUCGGCACCGACAUCGUCUGCCCCGGCGAGCGCCGCGACCGAGACGUGCGCCACGUCCAGACCGAAGGCUGGCCGUCCUUUGUCGCCAUGCACGCCGAGGUCCUCUCCCCGCUCGAGGUCCGCCGCAUGAGGGAGCUGCCCUUUUCGCCGCGCUCCGAGCCCCAGCGCCUGCUCGACUACUUCUACGCAGACUGGUGCCUGCGCGAGGCCUACGUCAAGAUGACGGGCGAGGCCCUCCUCGCCCCCUGGCUGCACGACCUCGAGAUGCGCUACUUUGCGCCCCCGGGCGAGGUCCCGCCCGAGGGUGCCGACAAGCAGCUCGAGGUCUGGUUCAAGGGCCAGAGGCUCACCGACGUCGACGUCAAGCUGGACAGGGCGCUGGACGACGAGUACAUGAUUUGCACCGUGGUCAAGAGGGGGGAGGGCGGUGCUGGGCUCGAGGUCCCCGGGCCGGAGAUUUUGGAUCUGGAGGAGACGCUUGCGAGGGCAGAGAGGUUG